CAUUUGUUUGAUUGUUUUGCCCUAAUUUAAUUCUUCACAAAAGGACUGUGAACUUAAAGCCUGAAAAAAUGUCAAAAAUAUGGUCAAGAUUAUCUGCGAUGUUCAGAAAUCGGACAUUUAUUGGAGCCGAUAAAUCCGGAAAUCAAUAUUAUGUUCGUACUGAACAGAUCGACGGUAUCAUGAAAGAGAAACGGUGGGUGGAGUUUAAAGGGGAAGUUGAUUCGACCUCCAUACCUGUUGAAUGGAUAUGUUGGCUGAAUGGGCAGCGUAAGAUAGCUCCAACGCCAGAGGAGAUGGCUAUGCUGGAGGCAAGGCGUCAACGAGUUAAAGAAAAUGUUGCCCUUCUCAAGAAGGAAGAGGAAGAAAGGAAAGCCAGAGAAGGCAGUAGUCGUAAAAUAACAAGCAUAGGUAAAGGUGAUGGCCCAGAUUUAAAAAGUUUCAUUCAACAACUCCCAGUUUCCUCAGAAGCUGACCAGUCUGGGGAAGAAUCUGAAGCAACAAGUAGCAAGUGGAGUACCAAGAAACAAGAGGAGAAAGAAGUCCCUGAACAAAAGCCAGAGUCAGCAGAGCCAACAGGAUCAGGUGCCUCAUUUAGACCAGGAACAUGGCAACCUCCUACCUGAUAUAUUAUCAUCUUCAUAUUUUGUACAAUAUGAUCAUAAGUCAUAACAAUCGCAAGAGGGGCCCAGGCUGGCUCGUAAUCAUGUUUCGUGCACCUUGAGUUUUUAAAAUUUGAGUUACCCUUAUCCUGUUGAUUGUUGCAAGUAUCAUUCAUGACCAUAUGAACGGUGCAAGAAAGGAGCACCAUGUCGGCUUGUCGCAUAUUUGCUAAUGGCAUAUGGAUUAAUAGAUUAUGGGGUAUGACAUUAUUCAUAGUUGAUGACAAAGAUAUGAUUUUGUAUGGAAAGAUUUGGGUGUUGUUUGUUUAAUUAUUUACGUUAUUUCGUUAAUCACCCAAGUAUUUCUGUAUUGUAAUUCUUUUACAAGUUACAUGAUGGAAAUAAGGACCCAGCUAGGACUUGUCCA